AUGGGGAGGGCCGGGAGGGCGCUGCCGAGUUCCUGGAAGCUCUUCACCGCUGCCUCUUUCGGCCUUGGCGGCCUCGGCCUCCUCCUUUUUCUGGUGCUGCGGCCGACCGACGACAGGACGAGGAAGGACCAGACUGGUGACUGCACUCUCCUGAACGGACGAAACGGAACUGAAGAACCUUCCUGCAAAAACUUCGAUGGAUGCCAUGGCUUCUGCCCGGGCAAUGAGUGUCAAUGUACCUCUCAAUGCAUCAAUGUCGGCAACUGUUGCGAAGACUUUGCUCACAUGUGCUUGUUCAAGGACGACGCACACACAAAGUUAAUAAAGCUUGAAGAUGAGAUCCAUCACUUGGAGCAUGGGGAAGGCAUCGUCGGAUCCGAAUGGAUUCUUGGUUUGGUAAUGGUCUUCUUCAUCGUGACGAUGAUGGUACUCGUCUGCAUGUCGCACAAUACAGAUCGAAAGAAGCUGAAGGUCGAGGAGAUGACUUGCAAAACCACCUCGGUAUUUGCAGCGAACACCUUCAGCGUUGCGCUCCACGGAGUCUUGAUCCAGCAGAUCGUGAUGGGGAAGCAUCCUGGCCUGGACCUUCCAGCAGGGCCCAUUCGGAUCGCGCAGAUCUACGGCGUCGUAGCGGUGCUCCUCUUUCUGCUCUCAAACGCUCUGAUCUACAGGUUCAAGGACACGAGGGAGCGCUUCUUUGCCAUCUGCCAGCUGUCCAGCCACAUGAUCGCCUUCACCCUGGUGCGAGCGCUGGGCUCCUUGCAGUGGAGCGCUGCCGGGCUCAAACAAAGGUCAGGGACAGUCCAUGGAAGUGUCCUUCCCUGGGCUGCCGUUCUUCUUAGAGGUUCUGUCUUCGUCGGGGAGCGCCUGCGCGCGAAGUACAUCAGAAGACCUGACGAAGUGCAGUGGGAGUACCGGAAAUCCGGCAAGCACUGGCGAAGGUUUCCCUUUGAGAUCGACCGGCAGAUCGAAGCUCAGUGGAGCCGCAGGAGCGGCACGGAUGCGUCGGACACGGAAGACAGUGACCAAAGUGGCCAAAGUGGGCUUGUAUCCUAUGUGUCUGGAGAGGGCUCCACGAUCGACAAGCGCAACCUGGUCAUUGUCUUCGACCCUGAUGACCCAGAUGCAACGACCGGAAAGCCGCGUGAAUUCCAAGUGCGUCUUCCGGACACUGAUGUUCUGUUUGCAGAUCCCUGUGGGCUGAUGUUCCGGACCGGUGAGGAAGAAGAGUGGAAAGUGAGAUGGCAGUGCCCAUGGCACCACUUCGCCGAAGAGGCUUUCCUCGAUGGGGCUGGCCUGGUCAUGGGUUUCCUCAUGAUGCAGCUCGUCCUCUACAUCCACACUGGCUACCUGCACUCCACCGAGGGCCUGUUGCUGAAACCCGACGCCUGGGACUGGCCUUUGACCCUGAUGGUGCUGGCAUGGAGCUGUGGCUUUGUCGCGCUUGUCAUCGUCGUGGAGAGGAGCACCAGGUGUCUCCCGGGCUGGAUGGCUCCGGACUUGGAGAUGCUGUCAGGAUCCUUCUCGGCAGCCUUCGGCUGGUGCCUGUUGCGGUGCGCUGGCCUCAUGGUGUUAGCUGAUGCGCCCUGCACGCUGAUGGACACCUACGUCAUCGUGGCAUUUCCUCUUACUUGGCUGGCCUUCCUGUCAAUAGUCUUGGCGAACCUUGUCUUGCCGAGGCUGCCGAAGUACGUCGAAGCCGAGGAAGUGCAGCACUGUAUCGCCAGUGCUGCCGCCAUCGUCGUGGGUCUGGCAUGGGACAAGGCCUUCGAAUCGCUCACUGUACACAUGACACGGGGCUGGAAUGGACACUACGUGAUUGCCAAGGCCCGCCUGUCCGCGGAUGCCCAGAUCCCUGCGAUAGUCCUACAAAGAACGGGCUUCGGGUUCUUGGGGCCUUGA